AUGCAAGCUGAGCCGAUGGUUAGUUGUGCGGCCGAUGCAAUCUAUGUGAAAUUACGCACAAAAUCGACUUUUAUUGGACAUGUCACUGUUCGUUACGCUCCAAACAAUGAAUGUUAUCAGAUUCUCAUCACAAACAAUCAAAUCGAAGUCUUGAUCCCGCAUCAAGAUUGCGCUUUACCGAGAAAGCGACUACACUCCCCAGAUGGCUUGCUCAUUUCAGCUGAAUUGGUCCUAUCUUUUCAUCAAAACUUCUUGACAAAAGACGAUCUCGUCUACAAAUUCGACUGUUUACACUUGCGAAAGAAUGGCACAAAACUGGAAAACGGUCAACAAAUGAAGCCAGAGACGGGUGAUUAUCUUCCCGAGACAUCACCUCAUUGCGAGUACAAUAUUAAAAGUUCCCGCAACGGUCGACUAUUACAUUCAGCAGCUAUUGGAGACGUUGUUUAUCAUGAAUGGAGUUGUAGAAAUACGGGCAAUGAUUGUUUACUAGUCAGGAAUUGUUUCUUUGUGACUCCUGAUCAACGCUAUCCAUUGAUUGGAGGAAACGGCUGCACUUUAGAUGAAUACGUUUUGCCUGAGUUGCACUAUUAUAAUCAUCGCCUUGUUGCGCAGAAUGUCUCCGUCUUUGGCGUUGCACAAAAACCGGUCGUUUUUUUCGAAUGUGAAAUGGUUUUAAGCGAAAGAAAUGAAGAUGGAUGUCCACCACCAAAAUGCUCAAAUUUCGAAGAGCAACGAACAAAACGGACACGAAAAUCAAUCAAAAUGAUCGAGGUGCAAUCUCAGAGAAUCGAGAUCUCUGAACUGAAAAAGGAAGCUGAGAGUGACGACUCAGUGCCAAGCGAGCGAUCCUUAGACAUGGCUUUGGUCGAAUGCGCCGAUCCAUCGCAAUCCUCAUCCACUUUGUGCAUGUCCACAACAGCUUUCGCUCUCAGCACUACGUUGACGACUUUGAUCCUCAUCUCUUCGAUUUCUGCCGUUUUAUAUCUAAUUUGUCGAAAAGAGGAAUACGCGGGCGUUCACGAUGGAUUA